AUGUAUUCCGUGGUAACCGUUCAGUUCCCUAUCAUCAAGUUCUACUUCCACACAUUCAUGUGGCAUUUUUGUAGCUUUCAUGCCUUUCAAAGUCGUGCCAAUGGAUACCAAUUUUUCAUAUCAAAUGGAACAGAUGUACCAUCUGGUAUCAAAUGUUAUGAAGAUGUGGACGCGGGCAACCCAAAUGUCAUUCAAAACAUUACUUCUUGUAACUUAACUGGAAAAACACUGAUGAUAUACAUCAAAAAUACAUCUGGUUACGCGCACAUGGACGUGUGCGAGGUGGAUGUAUAUGGUUGCUUUUCAAAUAAGUAUGGUGAUCAAUGUCAAAACGAUUCUAACUGUAAACACGGCUGUGAUCCUGACAACGGAGUGUGUGAUUCGCCAUAUUGUAACGCGGGCUGGAGUGGAUCAAGAUUUUGUGAUCAACCUUGUUCACAAGUUACAUUUGGAGAGAACUGUCUACAAAGAUGUCAUUGUAAGACGCCGGGGUGUAACAGUCAGACCGGGGUCUGUCUCAUACCGGGCUGUCAGGCUGGUUACUCUGGUGCGAGCUGUAGCCAGGCUUGUAUAAACACAAGAUUCGGUGAGAACUGUUCCAGCGAAUGUCACUGCAAUACCCCAGGGUGUGAUUCCGUAUCAGGUCGCUGCACUAUACCCGGAUGUGCUGCAGGCUGGAAGGGGGAGACUUGUAGUACAUCUUGUUCCGAAGGAGAGUUUGGCAAGGGAUGUAAGGUGCUUUGUCAUUGCGCUGAACCCGGAUGUAACAAGGAAAAUGGAAUUUGUACAAAACCAAAUACAGGGUGUUUGGCUGGCUGGAAUGGUACCACCUGUAGCCAAGAUAGCCCGGAGUUGGACGAGAUUGAAGCUGCGGAAGGUAGUGGGGGUGUGAUCGGGGGAGUAGUGGGUAGCUGCGUGGUUGCCAUCGUAGCCGUCGUGGCAAUAAUUCUAUUAAAGAGACGACACGAAACUUCAACCAGAAACAAGUACAAAGAAAGCGUGAGGGAUCCUACUGAUGACAAUGUCACUGUAAAGACAGAGGAAAAUAAUCCGCGGGAAAAGAUCUUAAGCGAAGAUAAUGGAACACGUUCGAAUUCACGACCGACCGAAGACAAUAUCGUGGAUGAAGAAGAGACUAUCUACAUGAACAAUGCUCUAGAUCACCAAUGA